UGCCUGCACAGCCCCAUGUACUUCUUUCUCAUGAAUUUGGCUCUGAAGGACAUAGGUGCUGUUUCAGUAAUUGUCUCCAAAUCAAUGAUAAAUUCUCUCAUGGACACCAGAUGCAUCUCUUAUUUUGGUUGUGCUGCUCAAAUCUUUCGCUUUCUCUUCUUUGUAGCUUCUGAUUUCUCCCUCUUGACAGUCAUGGCAUAUGAUCAAUAUGUUGCUAUUUGCCGUCCACUGCACUAUGAGAUGGUAAUGGAUUGGAAAUACUGUACUGAAAUCAUAAUUCUAGUGUGGGUUACAGGUCUCCUCUAUGGAAUAUUGCAUACCAUUGGCACUUUUUCCAUCCUUUUUUGUUCUAAUGUUGUUAAUCAAUUCUUCUGUGAAAUUCCACAAGUGCUAAAACUAUCCUGCUCUGGUAUAAAUCUAUUUGAGGUUGCAGUUCUUAUGGCUAGUGUCAUUGUCGUACUAGGUUGUUUUACUUUUAUAGUUCUAUCUUAUACCAUGAUCUUCAAGAUAGUAUUAAGAAUGCCUUCUGAACAAGGAAGGCAAAAGGCCUUAUCAACUUGUCUCCCUCAUAUUACAGUAGUGUCUGUGUUUUUAUUAACUGGAUUCCUUGCCUAUAUGAGGCGUCCCUCUGACACGCCAUCUUACUUAGAUUUUGGGUUCACUGUUCUGUAUUCACUUCUUCCACCUCUGUUCAAUCCAAUUAUCUAUAGCAUGAGAAAUAAGAAUAUCAAAUUUGUCCUUUCUCAUAUAUGGAGAUUCUGACAAAUUCUCUUAAUGUUGUUUAUAUUCUGUUCACCACUUUUUUUUCAUUUUCCUUGUUUUUCUUUUUCCUUUUUUUUUUUUUGCAUUCUUAUAGAAAAGGUAGAAAGAAUAGUUGGGAUUGAGGCAAAGUCAAUCUUUCAGUUUGGGAAAACCACAGAACUCCAGAUGUUAUUUGCAAAAAUCCUGCAUUCCUAAUUACUAUCAAUGUACUUGACCGAUGUGGAUGUUUGGCAGCACUGGCAUCCCACAGGCUGACAUUUUCUGGUGUUUACAGAAAUGAGGAUCAGAUGGAAUGAGAUUGGGAGAAACAUAUGAAAGGCAGAGGACAUUUAAAUGAUGUGGCCUAUUUUUCUCUGUGCUUUCCAAUAUAAAAUGGCUUCCCUCUAAUGUUGUCCCACAUAAUAUGG